CACGGAAUCUAUAUAAUCAUGUCCACACCAAAAAAGUGUUAAACAACACCAGUUUCGUUUUGGUCUAACACCAGAUAGGUGUUUAUACAACACCAAUUAGUAUUUAAACAGCAUCGGUUUGAUUCCAAAGUGGUUUCAAUACUUCUCCGGUGUGGACAUGGAUAUAGAUUCCGGGCUGGUGUUAAAUCAACACCGAAGUUUCUGCAGUAUACGUUCUUCGGUCUCUCGUGUCAUUCGAUCGGUCAAGUUAGUCAACAGUCUUUGUACGAUGGAUAAUAGCCAUAAGAACCUAAACAAACUUUGAAGUCACUAAUGUUUGUAUUAAGGAAGGAGGGGGAACUUAAACGCCCAAAGUAUUACACAAUUAAGCAAACACUACUGAGAUCAGAGAGAACAACCAAUUAUUGAUCCUGAUUAAAUUGAAAUAAAUUCAGCGCAUUGCAACCCACUUCACAGAGACACCGCAAAGACCUGUCGCCUGUCGUCCAGUUCUGUGCAGUAUCCCAAGGCCCAGAUCAUGGAAGCAACCUUAGGAUUCCAAUGAUAGGCGCAAUGAUAAAUUCUCGUUUCUUCUUCUGAGCAAAGAUGACCAGUUCAGUCGGGAAAAAGGUGCUGAGUUAUGUAUUUACUGUUGCAAUCGCAGUGCUGUUACCACUGUACAUUCUGUCAUCGUCUACGGCUCUGACGAAAAAACAGACCAUCCAACCGCUUCCUAAGGUAACCUUAAUCACGAGAAACGGUGGACAGGUUGCGGAUUUUGGACAAAAGCAUUCAAGAGGAAAUAUACAGAAUGUGAGUGUACAAAAGACAGUAAAUGGUAAUAUCAAGGCUGAACCUGCGUCGAACAAUCAUGAUACGGAUAUCGGUAAAGAAACGGUAAACAUGACAGAUGGGAGAGAAAAAGCCGAGCUGAGGAAAACAGAACCUUCACAACUUGAGACGUUUACUGACCGACCCACUACCUUGUCGAGAGAAAUGAAUUCAACGAUACUACAACGAAAAGGAGAAGUGAAUUACACACUUGUGUAUAGAAAAUAUGAACCAUUAGACUUUUCAAAUCUUUUCUCGUAUAAUGAUGAAGAAAAAUGUCAGGGCCUAUCGUGUAAAUGGUAUAAGAUGCCCGGUGCGACGAAGGAACUCGUCCAAUGGGCACCCGAGAUCUUUGAGAAAGUUCCCCAGCAUUUCCUCAGCAACUUCAAGAAUCCAUGUUGGGUACGAAACGGUACGGAACUCAACUGUCUUCCUUACUUUUAUGUGAUUGGUAUGUAUAAAUGUGGCACGACUGAUGUCUGGUCGAAGAUCGUUGCCCAUCCUGAUGUUGUCGACGUACCCAAAGAGCCACACUGGUGGGGUCCUCGUCGCCAUGGUUUUACUGGAACACCUAUUCAUAGGCGAGAAGUGCUGGCCAUGCGGAAGAUAACCGGAGGCGUAGAUGAUAGUUCGUUGGAAUGGUAUCUUAAUCUUUACAAAUCAACUGGAGUUUCGAAAUUAAUCCACAACAGAGUUUCAACGGCAGAAGGAGUACCUUAUCAUCCAAAGAUUUUCGGUGAUGCCUCCAUCUCCACAAGCUACACCAUUGGCCUGAAUUGGACGAGGACUUUUCCAAAUGCUUCGGAGCCAGUGUUCACAAACGCCCAACUCCUCCGGGCAGUUCAACCCAAUGCAAAGAUUAUUCUUAUGGUCAGGAAUCCCACAGAAAGGGCCAUAUCGUGGUAUUGGUAUACUCACAGCUCUGCAAAAGGGUAUAAUGAAAAGACUUUUCAUAAUUUCGUCGUCAAGAAUAUCGGUUGUUUAAGAAAUUGUUUGGAAAAGCAUAACCCUCGCUAUUGUGCAUAUGCUGCAAAUUGUCCAUAUAAUCUAAUACCUGAACUCCAAGUUGGACUCUACUAUGUGUAUGCCCGUGAUUGGAUGGAAGCUUUCUCACGUGAUGGCGUUCUCGUCGUACGAUUGGAAGACUGGCAAGCCAAUCCACUUCAAGUUUAUAGAAAGAUUAUUGAAUUUCUUGACUUGAGAGAACUGAACGACAAGGAAGUGGAUAAAAUCAUUAAUUCUCCUCAACUCAACGUUAACAAAAGACAAAAACACUUCUUGCCGGAGACCAGAAAAAUAUUGGAAGAGUUCUACCAGCCAUACAACAAAGAAAUGUCGCUUUUGAUGAACGAUGACAAAUUUCUAUAUCCCACACAUCAGGCAUCGAAUUAGUUUGUUCAUGCGAAAUGAAGAUUAACAAAGUAUAAUGAUAAUGAUAGGUAUUUAUCUAGCGCCAUCUAUCUAGAAAUAAUCUAUUCCGAAGCGCAUUGUUAUCAUUAUUAUUAUUAUUACCGCGGCUUGAGCUCGAGCUAGCUUCCAGCGUUCAAUGCAUUCAAGGAAACAUUCCUACCGGGUACCCAUUCACCUUAUUUGGGUUGAGUGCAUCACAAUAUGGGUAAUUUCUUGCUAUUGGAAACACACGUCAUGGCUGAAAAUCGAACCACUGAUUGAAAGACGAGAGUCGUAACCACUCGACCACGACACCCCCACAGAUUGAAGAUUGAAGGCUGAAAUCGAAGACCGAAUACCGAAGAAUAAAGAUAAAUUUCAAAAUCCUACACAUUAGGCAUCGUAGUUGGGUGUUUAAAAGGACAUGGAAAACCGGAACCGAGAACCAAGACACGUAUUCAGAAGACUUAUAUUCAGUUUGAUUUUCGGAUAAAAAUAUCUCUCCCGGGUCACACUAUGCAGAAAUAUUGGACACAAAGAGAACUUGAGAUAUUCUUUUUUUUUUGUUUAUGGGGGCUUCGGUCUUCGUUUGAUACACACCUUACUACAGGUGUUUAAAACGAAAACCGAAGAGCAUUUAUGAGGAUGACUUAGUCCUGUAUGAGUCCCAUUACACCUGCGAAUGAGUCCCAUUUCUCAAAUGGUUAAUAUACUUUCUUAGGGGAUCCACGCUCUACAAGCAAUGCUUUUUAGUGGAUCCCCUCAUUUCUAUAUCAGAUUCUAUUAAAACUAUUCUACAAAUAUUUGGUAACUUGUAAUUGAUUUGUAAUCAUUGUUAUCACAUUUCAUUUGUUUUUGUUUAUAUUUAUAAUGUA